CGGCCCGGGGUGGGACUCAGCGCCGCGCUGGACUCCGUUCCCCGGGGGCGCGGGGGGACGGAGUUGGAUGCAAGUUGCAGGAAAACCUGCCGCUCCUCCAGCAGCUUUCCCAGCACCUCCACCCCGCGCCUUUCAGCUGGGACUUUCCUUGCGUGGCCGCCGCUCUCUAGAUUCGCCCCUGCGCGCAACGGGCCUCGCCACGACUGCCCCUUGGGGACGGGAUCCCAACGGGAUCCCAACAGAAAAGGCUACAUUUGCUGGAGUUCAGACUGAAGACUGGGGCCAGUUCAUGCACAUCUGUGACAUAAUUAAUACUACCGGUGACGGGCCAAAAGAUGCAGUAAAAGCUUUGAAGAAAAGGAUUUCCAAAAACUACAAUCAUAAAGAAAUUCAACUUACCUUGUCACUUAUUGACAUGUGCAUGCAGAACUGUGGUCCACGUUUCCAGUCUCUGAUUGUGAAGAAGGAAUUCGUUAAAGAUAGUUUAGUUAAGCUGCUGAGUCCCAGAUACACCCUGCCAUUAGACUUUCAGAAUAGAAUCUUAAGUUUCAUUAAGAAUUGGUCCCAGGGUUUUCCAGGAGGUGUGGAUGUAAGUGAAGUGAAAGAGGUGUACCUUGACCUGCUUAAGAAAGGUGUUCAAUUUCCUCCCUCAGAUGCUGAGAAUGAAACAAGGCAAAAGACUAAUCGGAUCUCAUCAGCUUCAUCAACAUCUGUUCCAACUGCACCAGCUCUUCCUUCUGUCAUUGUUCCCAAGAACUCGAUGAUUACACUGGUCCCAGAACAGAUUGGAAAAUUGCACAGUGAGUUGGAUAUGGUGAAAAUGAACGUGAGAGUGAUGUCUGCCAUAUUGAUGGAGAAUGUUCCUGGGUCUGAAAACUCUGAGGACAUUGAGCUCCUGCAGAAACUUUAUAAGACGGGUCGAGAGAUGCAGGAAAGGAUCAUGGAUCUGCUUGUGAUUGUGGAGAAUGAAGACGUGACUGUUGAGCUCAUUCAAGUGAAUGAGGAUUUGAAUAAUGCCAUCCUUGGAUACGAGAGGUUUGCUCGAAACCAACAAAGAAUUUUGGAGCAAAAUACAAACCAGAGAGAAGAAGCCAAUACCUCCAGUGAACCUUCCGCCCCAUCCUGUGAUCUCCUUGACCUAAGUCCUAGCCCUCCCAUUCCUCGGGCCUAUCUGGGGGACCGCAACACAGCGAAUGCUCAGCUUUCAGACUUAAACUCCAGUGCUCCAAGACAUGUCGUAACCAACAUGAAACCCAGUCUUCAUACACAGGAGGAUUUGCUUGCCUUGGAACCAGGAGCUCCCCUGUUUCCCCAGAGGACCAGCCAAAACCUUGCCCCGGGUUCUGCUUAUGAGAAUUUUCUAGGACAUCCAAGUUCAGUAUUACUACAGCCUGUUAGUCUACCGAACAUUCCAGCAACAACAUCAAAUGAGGUACCACCACCCUUGCCCAGCAAUCAUCCAGCAAUGACUAAAAAUGAUCUUCAGCCACCCCACUACUACGAAGUCAUGGAGUUUGAUCCCUUAGCUCCUGUUACUACUACAGAAACUAUUUAUGAAGAAAUUGAUGAUCGUCACUUAAAAGAAACCCAGUCACAUACUGAACGUUGAGGUGAAAGUGAUGGCCAGCUCACUAGCCCCACUGGGGAUGCCAGCUCUCUAAAACUGGUAAACCCUGUCCAGCUUUGGUGCCCAUGAAGACCAGGCCUACCAGCAGUACGUCAAGUCUGGUGGGACUUCUCUCUGCAAUUCAUGGACUAAGAACAGUUCUGGAGUAACAUUUAUGGCCCCUAACAACAGCUAAAGCUUCUGAGCUUGAGAACUUUUUUGUAACAUAUAUUCCCUUAGAACUUCAGAAGAAAAUUUCUGUUUUGAGGCCAAGGAGUUUAACUGUAGCCUCUUUAAUUCACAGGUCUUCCUACAGUUAGGAACCAUCUUAUGGCUAAAUGAUGAGUAGUCAAAGAUUAUUAAAAAAUAAUUAUGAAUAGAUAAGUAUAAAACAUAAGAAAUUAAAUAUUCAGGAAAAAUACUGAGUGCCUUCAUUUAACUAAAGUGGAAUGUGAGAGUAAUUUUGCACACUUCUUUAAUAGUAUUCUUUGUUUAAUUUAUGUCAGGUACUCUUGAAAAGGUCACUGGCCUGUAUGUUGAGCUGCUUUUAAAUAAGUUUUGAUAAUUCUAAAUGUGUCUUUUUUCUUUAUACUGCUAUUUUCCUCUUUGGACAAAAACUGCUGGAAAACAAAUUGUGAAUUCAUUUACAUGUUAUAAAUUACAAUGAAAAAUAAAAUUACUAUUAAAAAUAA